AACUGGAUUUUCUUGGACUUUAUAGGACUUAGUGUGAAAAUGGCUGAAGAAGACUCAUCAUCUUCAUCAUCUUCUACCUCUCAGGAACAAGAACAGUUUACGAAUAGAAACUUGAUACUUUUCUCUUUGGCUGCAGAACACCACACAGAUGCCUUUACUAAAACCCCUAUGAUACUGUCCAGUUUUGCCAGUAUCAAGCCCAACACCAGCUCUGUCAAGAAGCUGGUAAUCAAAAACUUUAAAGAUAAAACACUAAUGCUGGAAAACUACACUGAAGAAACAUGGCAAAAAUUAAAGGAAGCUGUACAAGCUAUCCAGAACAAUACCUCUAUUGAAUACAGCUUAGAAGAACUCUAUCAGAGUGUUGAAAACCUUUGCUCCUACAAUUUAUCUGUGAAUUUAUAUGAACGCUUGAAGCAGCUUUGUGAAGACCACAUCAAAGCACAAAUUCACCAAUUCAGAGAGGGAUUUCUGGAUGGUGAUAUUUUUCUAAAGAAAAUGGAUACAUGUUGGCAAAACCAUGGCAGACAAAUGAUCCUAAUUAGGAACAUUUUUCUGUUCCUAGAUAGAACUUAUGUUUUUCAAGUUUCAGUGUCAUCUUCCAUUUGGGACAUGGGGCUUGAAUUAUUUAAAUUACAUAUAAUUUGUGAUCAGAAGGUCCAGAGCAAGACUAUAGAUGGAAUUCUUCUUUUGAUUGAAAAAGAAAGAAAUGGUGAAAUGGUUGAUUGCUGUUUGAUUCAAAGGCUUUUAGCAAUGCUUUAUGAUUUGCAGAUUUAUGAAGAGUUUUUUGAGAAUAAAUUCUUAGAAGAAACAAGCAGGUUCUAUGCAGCAGAGGGAAGGAAACUAAUGCAAAAGAGCGAGAUUCCUGGGUGUCUUUACCAUAUUAAGAAGCUCCUAGAAGAAGAAGUUGAUAGAGUUAAAACCUACCUACGCCUGAACACACAGAAGCUAUUAAUUGAAAUUGUAGAAAAGGAGCUUCUAGAUGAACAUUUAUCAGCAAUUAUUCAGAAAGGCUUCAGCUGUCUUCUUGAUGAAAACAGAACUGAGGAUUUGUCUCUGCUCUACCAACUGUUUAGCAGGGUAAAAUGUGGAGUUCAGGUUCUUCUCCAACAUUGGAUUGAUUAUAUAAAGGAAUUUGGUAGCAGCAUAGUUACUAAUCCUAUAAAGGAUAAGACAAUGGUGCAAGAACUUCUGGAUUUUAAAGAUAAGAUUGAUUUUAUCAUUGAGACCUCUUUUCUGAAGAAUGAAAAAUUUAUUGUUGCUAUGAAUGAAGCUUUUGAAACGUUUAUUAACAAAAGACCUAACAAGCCAGCUGAGCUUCUAGCAAAGUAUGUGGAUUCAAAACUUCGGGCAGGUAACAAAGAAGCUACAGAUGAAGAACUAGAAGAGUUGCUAGAUAAAAUCAUGAUUUUAUUUAGAUUCAUUUAUGGGAAAGAUAUUUUUGAAGCCUUCUACAAAAAAGAUUUAGCAAAACGUCUCUUACUUGGUAAGAGUGCUUCAAUUGAUGCAGAAAAGUCUAUGCUAUUUAAACUUAAACAAGACUGUGGAAUGGCUUUCACUAGUAAACUUCAAGGAAUGUUUAAAGACAUGGAACUUUCCAAAGAUAUCAUGAUUCAGUUAAAACAGUACAUGCAGAACCAGAAUGUACCAGGAAACAUUGAAUUAACUGUGAACAUUCUGACAACAAGUUUUUGGCCAACAUAUGUCCCUAAGGAGAUACAGUUACCUCCAGAGAUGGAAAGACUUAAGGAAAACUUCAAAAAUUUCUACUUAAGCAAGCACAGAGGCCGGAAACUUCAAUGGCAGUCAACUCUUGGACACUGUGUCCUUAGAGCUGAAUUUAAGAAGGGCAGAAAAGAACUUCAGGUAUCUCUUUUCCAAACGUUGGUGCUGUUGAUGUUUAAUGAAGGAGAUCAGUUCAGCUUAGAAGAAAUUAAGAUGACUACUGCACUAGAGGAUAGAGAACUGAGAAGAACCUUACAGUCAUUAGCUUGUGGCAGAGCUAAAGUUCUCAUCAAAAAUCCGAAGGGCAGAGAUGUGGAAGAUGGUGACAAAUUUUUGUGUAAUGAGGAAUUCAAACACAAAUGCUUCAAGAUAAAGAUCAAUCAGAUACAAAUGAAAGAAACGAUAGAGGAACAAACCAUCACCACAGAGAGAGUUUUCCAGGACCGACAAUAUCAGAUUGAUGCCGCAAUUGUUCGAAUUAUGAAAAUAAGGAAAACACUUAGCCACAAUGUACUUCUGUCAGAAUUAUACAACCAGCUAAAAUUUACAGUAAAGCCUAGUGAUCUGAAGAAGAGAAUAGAAUCCUUAAUUGACAGAGACUACAUGGAAAGAGAUAAAGAAAACCCAAACCAGUACAAGUAUAUUGCAUAAAACUGUGGCCUUAAUUUGAGCACUACUCUUCCCGCUUUUAGUAGAA